CUCUCCAAUCGCAGACCCUAUAAGAUUUGGCUAUGUCCUUCAUAUUUGACUGGCUUUACAGUGGUUUCAGCAGUGUGCUACAGUUUUUAGGAUUAUAUAAGAAAACUGGGAAAUUGGUAUUUCUUGGAUUGGAUAAUGUGGGAAAAACAACAUUGCUACACAUGCUAAAAGAUGACAGACUUGGACAACAUGUCCCAAUGUUACAUCCCACUUCAGAAAAACUAACCGUUGCUGGCAUGACCUUUACAACUUUUGAUCUGGGUGGACAUGUUCAAGCUCGAAGAGUGUGGAAAAACUACCUUCCUGCUAUCAAUGGCAUUGUAUUUCUGGUAGAUUGUGUAGACCAUGAAAGGCUGUUAGAAUCAAAAGAAGAACUUGGUUCACUAAUGACAGAUGAAACUGUUGCUAAUGUGCCUAUACUGAUUCUUGGGAAUAAGAUUGACAGACCUGAAGCCAUCAGUGAAGAGAGGUUGCGAGAGAUGUUUGGUUUAUAUGGUCAGACAACAGGGAAGGGCAGUGUGUCUCUGAAAGAACUGAAUGCCCAGCACUUAGAAGUUUUCAUGUGUAGUGUGCUCAAAAGACAAGGCUAUGGAGAAGGCUUCCGCUGGAUGCGGCAGUACAUUGAUUAACACCAGCCCGCAUCGGUUCAAGGUCUCACCAUUCAGGCCUACUCAGAGAUUUGAUCACUCAACAUGCAUAGCUUGAAUUCGAUAGACUUUUGUUGGUUAGAAAACAGAUGUUUUUUAGAUUAUU